AUGAAAGAAGCAUUUAUCGACAAGCACCUCACGGUGACCAUCCGCGACACCGAAGUCCCCGUUCCCGAGGCCGGUCAGGUUCUAAUUCGCGUGGUCGUGUCCGGAUCCAAUCCGAAAGACUGGAAAAUGGCUCUGAGCUGGCCACCAGACGGCGCUCUGUUUAACCAGGGUGACGAUAUUGCUGGGUAUAUCGAAGCAGUAGGCGAUGAUGUCCUAGGAUUUCACAAGGGUGAUAGGGUUGCCGCAUUUCACCAGGUGAUGAAACCACACGGAAGCUGGGCAGAAUACGCGAUCGCCCCGAGUGUUUCGACUUUCCACAUUCCUGGGCAUACUUCCUUCGAGGCUGCCAUGACUUCGGCCGUCGCAAUGUUCCAGCGAUCGAACCUGCCUCUUCCCUGGAACCCUACCAGCGAGCCAUUUCCAUACGUAAUUUAUGGCGGAGCGACUGCGGUCGGAGCAUUCGCCAUCAAGCUCGCUCAGCUAUCCAACAUCCACCCCUUAAUCGUUGUCGCGGGUAGAGGUAGUGCAUUUGUCGAAACCCUGAUUAAUCGCGAGAAAGGCGAUACGAUCAUCGACUACCGUCAAGAUGAUGAUAGCAUACGAGAGAAUAUCAAAGCCGCCGCUGGCGGAAAACCUAUUCAUCAUGCCCUCGAUGCAGUGUCGGAGAAAGGAAGCUAUUUGAAUAUUGGCACAGUCAUGACCGGACCCGGACAACUCACUCUUGUGAUGCCUGGUAUCGAUUAUCAGCCCGAGGGAAUUUCAGUCACUCAUGCAGUUGUUGGUUAUAUUCACGCCCCUGCUUCACCAGGGAAGACCAUUGAAGAUACGGAGUUUGCAGCUGCAUUUUAUCAGCUCAUGGGCCGGGGUUUGGCACAGGGGUGGUUCUCGGGGCAUCCAUAUGAAGUACGUCCUGGUGGAUUGGCUGGGCUUCAAGGAGCGAUGCUGGAUUUGCAGGCUGGCAAGGCAUCUGCUGUCAAGUAUGUGGUGCGGAUUGGCGAGACUGAUGGCGUGGAGAAAUAG